AUGUCUACGUACAUCAGAGGUCCUAUAUGUGGUACAGAUAACUGUCCAUCACGUCUAUGGCGUAUUAUUGCUGGUAGGCGUACGUGCCAGUACGGUCACGUCAUGGAAGGUGAUAUCGAAUUUAAUAACGACGAUGAUGACAUGACUAGCGCAGGUGUCAUUACGAGAAGAUUGAAUUUAACUACUAACGCCAUAGGUAGUUUCCAAUCUUCAUUGAAUACUUCUCAGUUCAAUAAUUCACAGAAAACUACUAGAGAUAAGAAAAUUUAUGGUGAAGAUGCAAAAUUUUUAUUUUUAAAAUCUUUUCAAUUUAUCUUGAAAAGACAAUGUCAGUGCCUUAUUCAGGAAAUGAACUUUCCAGACCAGUUUGAAACUGUUGUAAAAUGUAUUUGGUUAGAGAUGCUGAAAAGUUUCAAUGAUGAUGAUAAUAUGCAUAAUGAUCCAGUCACAGAUACCGAUGUAAAUUAUAGUGAUGAUGACAACGUAGCAGAACGAAUUAGUAGACUAAAUAAAGAUGCUAGCAGAUCAAAACUUGGACUUCAUAUGACUUCCACAAUAUCAAUACUAUACAUGGCUUCUGUUCAUAUGGGUCUACCUGUCUUUACAUGCGAUUUCAUAAAAUGGAUUUGUGCCGCAAGGUUACCAUAUUUCAAGUCCAAUAAAUCAUUACCAAAAAGUUGGAGGAUCAAGUUACCAAAUUAUUACUUAGAGCUUCUUGAAGGUGGGACGCCACCAAAUAAUGCUCAGUAUUAUAAUAAGAUAGCAGCGACGUGUGCCAAGAUAUCGUUCAAUUCCAAGUUUGAGUGUAAAAUUAAUCCCAGACCUUUUAUUCUAAAACUUAUACUUCUGACCACAUUAUCACCAGAAUUUUAUUUCCAUACAAUGAAUUCAAUCGAACUUAUUGGGUAUGACGACGAUUUUGAACUAAUAGCUAAUGCAAAAACGCAUUUCACUUCUUACCAUCUCCAUCCAGAAUUACGCUUAAUGUCUUAUUUCAUUAUCAUUGUAAGAUGGGUACUCAUAUGUCAGGAAGAAAGGUAUUCAGAUGCAUGGAUCUCUGCUCUAAUUGAGGAGCCAUCGAAGACAGAAACAAGUAGCAAAGACUCUGUUGAAAGGCAAGUUACAAACUUAUUUUAUGACAAUAAAGAUGCUAUUUUUGAUUGGGAUGAAACCAAAACGCUUAACUAUUUAGAGUGGGUUGAAAAACAAUACUUACCAAAUCACCACAAUGAUGCCAAUAAUGCGGAUCUAAGUAUUGAUCGUAAAAUAGCGAAAAGGAAAUUAAUGAAGAUUUUUCCCAUGCAGUCUGGAAAUUUCCCAUUACCACCUAGUGAGCACCUUUCAUUUAUUGACCAUUUGCAGGAAAACUAUUUACAGUUUAAAAAUUUCUCUGACAAUAACUAUGCUGGAGACUUUUCGAGAUCAGAAUUGAUCCUACAACUAGAAGGAAAACUAAUACAGACUCUAGCAAUGGAAUUUGCCAUUUCGGUGGAUCAAUUGAAGAUUUGUGUACAUAAAAUGGAAAGACACUGCAUGACAAAUUUGAAAGGCAAAUAG